AAGAAACGUCUGCCGACAAUGCAUGUCUGAGAGAGAGAACCACCGAGACAGCCUGCCUGAGAGAGAGAGAGAACUGCUGAGACAGCCUUACUUGUUGUGCCAAUAUCUUGUAUUUGAAUUAGAGGGAGAAAGGGGGAGAGACUACGACUCUGGAUACCAACAGGGUAACCAGAAGGAAGAUACGGGGGCUGCGAGACAUCCAGGGACGGGUAGAGACACGUCUGGUGGCAAGUGACAAAAGAAGGUGACAUAUUGUCGUGGACACCAGAUAACUUGACCCCAAAUCUGGACCGGAGAGGACACUGGUGAAACCCCUGUGCUCAGAAAGAUGGCGGCCAAGGACUACGACCAUUUAUUCAAGCUUCUGCUAAUUGGAGAUUCUGGUGUGGGGAAAAGCAGCCUCCUCCUGAGAUUCUCCGACAAUUCCUUCUCUGGAAGCUACAUAACAACCAUCGGAGUGGACUUUAAGAUCCGGACUAUUGUUUUGGAUGGAGAACGGGUAAAACUGCAGAUCUGGGACACGGCGGGUCAGGAGAGGUUUCGGACCAUCACCUCAACGUAUUACAGGAACACUCACGGGGUCAUUGUGGUUUAUGAUGUCACCAACCCAGAAUCCUUCAUAAAUGUGAAAAGAUGGCUGCACGAAAUCACUCAGAAUUGUGAUUCUGUGUGCACAGUGCUCGUGGGUAAUAAAGAUGACGACUCCUCCCGAAAACGUGUUGAAACUGUGGACGCAAAAAGGUUCAGCGACCAGAUGGGAGUCCGAAUGUUUGAGACGAGUGCAAAGGAGAACCGCAAUGUAGAGGAGAUGUUCAUGACGGUCGCCCGGUUGGUCCUGAGGAUGAAGAAGGAGAGUCAGGCCAGACUGCGACCUGCCGAGGUGGUGACCAUCACCAAGACCAAGAAGAAACCACACGUCAAGAGAUGCUGCUGAGGGCCCCACCAGGAAGAACUGGAAAUGGACUGAUGUGUGAGGAGAGAUGGGGGAAGUUGGGUGCUACACAGGAGACGAUGGGUGUUAUUGUUCAGACUGUGGGUCCGUGGAGAAGAGGAGCAGUGGAUGAUAGAGCGUGGUCACUCUAGGAACAGCAGAGAAUAGGGGUUGUAGUCGACGUGAUGGGUAUGGUAUGACUCCAGGAAUGACAGAUAAUGGGGGUUGUAUUCUACGUGGUUGGUUACUAUAAGACCCUUAGGGAUAACAGAGAAUGGGGGUUGUAGUCAAUAUGAUGGGGCAUUGUAUUGCUCCAGGAAUGGCAGAGAAUGGGGGUUGUAGUCCAUAUGAUGGGGCAUUGUAUGGCUCCAGGAAUGACAGAUAAUGGGGGUUGUAGUCCAUAUGAUGGGGCAUUGUAUGGCUCCAGGAAUGGCAGAGAAUGGGGGUUGUAGUCCAUGUGAUGGGGCAUUGUAUGGCAGAGAAUGGGGGUUGUAGUCCACGUGGUUGAAUACUAUAGGACCCUUGGAAUAACAGAAAAUGGGGGUUUUAUUGAAGGUUGUGGGACAUGGUAGAGAUUGGGGGUUGUAGUCCAUGAGGUGGGGUGAUUCAUUUGUUUAUCCUUCCCAGCAUUCCCUCUGCUUUCAUUGACCAAUCGGAGCGCUGCGCUGCGGCUGCCGUGUAUCCUGAACAGGAAUAUUCGCUAUUUUUGCAUUCCGAUAAUUAACAGAUGAUAAUAAAGGCGAUUUUUCUAGA